CUUUCCUGCCAACUCUGUCCACUCUCAACCUUCCCUGGACAAGUGUUUUUCAAAUACCAAAAACAGCAUCACACUUUCAAAAAUCAUCGGCACUAUGGGUAAAGGCGGUCGCAUUGUCUGUAUCUUCACCCCAUAUGUCCUCACCAUCGCCUCCUUGAUAUGUAUUAUCAUGGUGGGGCUGGGCUGUACCAAAUCCAGCUCCAGCACCUUGGAUAAUCUCUACUUCUUCAGAAUCAACCUCCAAAACAUCACAAAUGGAACCUCAUCGACGACCGCAAAAAUCACCUCGGCCAUCAGCGAUCUCGCCGGUGUCUCGGAUGGCGACCUAUCGGCCGCAUUGGAGGAGAUCGAGGAGCAGUACAACAUCCAGGACUUCUACACCGUCGGUCUGUGGGGUUACUGCUCGGGCAACAUCACCAACGGCAACGACUACAAGACGACCAACUGCUCGAAGCCCGAAGCUGAAUUCUGGUUCAACCCGUUGGAGGUGUGGAACUUGGAAGAGUCCGGUCUUGAGAACGCGCUCUCCAGCAGCGUGAAGAAGGAACUGAAGGUCUACAAGAGCGUCUCCAAGUGGAUGUUCAUCGCCUACAUCAUCGCAUUCAUCGCCACCAUCGUCGAACUGGUCGUGGGUGUCUUCGCCAUCUGCAGUCGCUGGGGAAGCUGCGUGACCACUCUCGUCUCAGCUGUCGCAUUCCUCUUCACGACAGCCGCCUCCGUGACGUCAACCGCCCUGUUCGCCGUCCUCAAGGGCGUCUUCAAGGCCGAGCUGGAAUCCUAUGGCGUCAAGGGCCAGAUGGGCAAGAAUAUGUAUGUCGCCACCUGGCUCGCCGUCGCCUUCUCGCUGGGUGCCUCCCUGUUCUGGCUCCUGAGCACCUGCUGCUGCUCCGGCCGCUCCCCCUACAACCACCGCAACACCGCCCGCGCCGUGACGGCCGAGAAGGCCCCCUACACCUACGAGCCCCUCGGCCCCUACGGCCAGCCCCAGCAGCCCGCCUACACCAACACCGCCUACCCGCCCCCUCCUCCCCCGGGCCACGUUCCCAUGCAGCAGAACGGCCGCACCAACGCGUACGAGCCGUUCCGUCACGUCUAA